CGUCAGGAUCCAGCGUUCAGUUCCUUCAAGGCCAGCGCACAUCUCACCGAGUAGUUGCCGACUGGAGCAGCCGAAGUAUUUCCUUUUUUUGCGCUGACAGGUUUCAGACGAGAAGUCAGAGAAAUAACAUCUCGACAAAUCUACGCGGCUGGGUGAUGGAUUCACGGAUAUUUCUCCCUGCUUUCCUGCUUCUGCUCAGUUUGGCGACAGUUUUUGCUCAGUCUUCCGCCCCUCCAACACAAGUUUGUGAGGAGAAGAAUGGGACAAGCUGUGAGGAAUGUCUGAAAAACGUGACGUGCUUGUGGUGUAUCAAAACCAAGUCAUGUGUAACAUAUCCAGUGAAGACCAUCCUUCCACCGCAUGCACUCUGCCCUUUGAAUGAUGCACGCUGGGGUCUCUGCUGGAUGAACUUCCAGGCGCUGAUAAUCACCUUGGCUGUGAUUGGUGGAAUUCUCAUCAUCGCCUUCCUGGUUUGCCUGUUCUGCUGCUGCAAGUGUGAGAACUUCGGAUCCCAAAGGUUCGAGGCCAAGAUGCAGAGACAAGCCAAUAAGACGAAAGCCAAGCAAGAUGAAAGGAAGGCAGAGAUGAGACAGAGACAUGAUGAAAUCAGGAAGAAAUACGGUCUAAGUGGGCCAAAUCCAUACUCCAAAUUUGCAUGAGCGGAUCUGUGACCUGAGAUCUACAUCAUGACCCAUCUGUUUUCCCCUGAAUUCUGACAGACAUCAACAACCUGUCCUGUGGUUGUGAAAGUAGACUUGACCUGAGAAUUAAUGUAAAUUAUAAAUAAGUCCCAGAAAAGUGACAGUUUUGUACAGGCAGUCUUUGGCUUCAUCCGGCCUAUAAAUAGGAAUGUUGUGUUCAGUGUGAUGAUCUACGAGGCUGUAACGAAAUGCUAGAAUAGACAUGCGUAGCAGCAGUGUUCUUCAAGACUAGAGUAGUCUGUCCUGUGGCUCCUUUUGCAUCACUGUACUUAGUCUUAAUUUUAAUUGUACAGAAUGGAAAGAAUCCAGUUUGAUUACUGAACAAUACUUUCCUUUUGCAUAAGUAAAGUAAGUAAAUGUGUUGCAUCUACAAAUAUUGAGAUUUCAGUUCCUCUGAUUUGCUGCUAUAUACUUAGAAAUUGUAAGCUAUUUUUUUAUUUUGUGUGAUUUUCUUCUCUUGCUUCAAAUUUACUCAUUCCUAUUCUGAAAUGUACUUGUUGGAGGCAAUUUUUAUUGUAUUAUUGCUGGAGGUUUAGGUUAGAAAAUAUGUCCAUACUAUGAAGUUAAAAUAAAAUCUUCAGCCAUAUAAUCUGAAUUGAUAAAGUAAUCAUUAACUUCAGGUGAAUGGGUUGAUUGUUGGAUAGACAGAUUGAAGUCUGCUUUAUUUUACAUUUAACUCCUGUGAAGACUUAAUAAAGGGCUGGAUUCAUAAUUGA